AAAGACAAGAAAAACGGCAAGGUUUGCCGUUUGCCAGGAGCCGUCACCAUGCGAUCAACCCUGAUAUUACUUGGGUUCAUCUUCGUCGUCUCCACGUUUGGAGAGCCAAUUCGAACUAAGAAGGAGGCGCCACUUCCACAGUAUGGAGCACCGUCCUUGCCCAGCACGGGAUACGGUGUCCCGGACGUAGGAAUAUCGGAUUCGUACGGUCCUCCGUCUGACACCUACGGAGCGCCAGGUGCCGGCGGUUUCGACCUUUCACAGUCCUUGUCAGCACCGUCCUCCAGCUACGGCGCCCCCGAAGCGUCGCACGGACCGCUUGCUCAGUCUUACGGAGCACCAGCCGAGUCUUAUGGGGCACCAGCCGACUCUUACGGGGCACCGGCUCCGUCCUACGGUGCGCCAGUGCACGACCACCACGAGCCUGAGGGAAGAUGGGAGAAGAAGCUGAAGUGGAAAGAAGAGUGGAAACAAGUCUGGAAGACGCAGUCCAAGAUGAUCUGGAAGCAGGAGUGGAAGAAGGUCCAGGUACCGGCAUGGAAAGAGGUCCAGGUUCCGAUAUGGAAGGAGGAACAGGUCUCGGUAUGGAAAAAGGUGCAGAAACCAGUUUGGAAAGAGAUCCAGGUACCGGCGUGGAAGGAGAUCAAAGUACCAGCGUGGAAGAAAAUCUGGGUACCGGUAUGGAAAGAGGUUCAGGUCCCGGUGUGGAAGGAGGUCCAAGUACCCGACUGGAAGAAGACCUGGGUACCGGAGUGGGUGAAAGUUGGUAUUCCCGGCGAGCAAUACGUCGGUCAGGAUCAUCACGGCUGGCAAUACACCAGCCACGAUUUGUGGAAGAAGAAACUGAUCUGGAAGCCAGUUUGGAAGAAGGUCUGGAGGGCCGAGAAGAAGCAAGCCUGGGUUUCAGAGAAGAAAAUGGAGUGGAAGGCUCAGUGGAAACAGAUAUGGAAAACGGAAAAGAAACAGGUGUGGGUGACCGACAAGAAACUGGUAUGGAAAGAGGAAUCCGUUCAGGUCUGGGUACCAAAAAAGAAGCAAGUUUGGGUCACCGAGAAGAAGCAGAUAUGGAAGGACGAAUGGAAGAGCAGGUGGGUUCCGGCCUGGAAGGAUAUCCAGGUUCCCGAUUGGAAGAAAGUGUGGAAACCAGUGUGGGAGAAGGUCUGGGUACAAAACGAGCAUCACGAGCACCACGAUCACCAUGAAGAACACCAUGGUUACAAAUAAGUAGAACGAGGGAGAAUUACCUGACGAUGUAAAAUAUACGUUUUGCAUCAUUUUAUUUUAGGAUUAGGUUGCGUACAUUGUGUUAUUCACUCAGAAAUCACGUUGCGCCACCGGGCAGAAAAGAAAAAAGUAAAGAAACGAACGAACGAACGAACGAA